CUUCACGAUUCUUUAUCCAAUCAUAUAGACUUCCUCAAUCAACAACAAAUUUCUUCAUUUCGAGGCUCUAUGGAGACCACUCAGUUACCUCGCCCUGGACGCGCUUCCCAAAAUCUUCCCCAGAGAAUCCUCACGACAGGACCGGCUAUUGUUAUCCUGAUACUCUUCACCGCCAAUGUUCUUGAAUACUUCCGUCAGGGUGACGCUCGAAAUAUGGUACUAAUCAAAUUUAAUAUCCUUGCUGCAUUCCAUUUAUUUUGGAGCCGUCUUGCCGGGCACUGAGCCUGCGCCUCUUGAAUCCCCGACGUAGCCUGCCUGUGUGAACUCUAAGAUUUGGAGGACGGGGGUUCGCUUGAGAAGCGUCUUGAUGUUAAGGUGUGACUAAGCUCCGGCGUGCGAGUUGAUACUUGGGGCUAAUGCUUCUUGAAGGUCUGCCGGUACCAAGGGGAGUAAAUGCACUCUCGUGACAAUCCUGCAUCAAAUUAGAUAGAUUAAAAUCCUGGCUUCGAAUUUUAAAACUCCGUCCGGGGGAUCCCUGUCAUAGUUCUUCCCG